CUAGCACUGUUAGGGGAGAGACCGAUCCGCGAAUCUCCGACAAGUCUAAUACCAGGUGGGGAUGCAACACCCGCGAUUUUCCGACUAUAUAAAGGCAGAUGCACCGUGGAUCCUUGGUGUCACGUAUCACUCGUCGUUUAAGGACGAAGGGACAGAAGUCCAAUUCGCACGAAGAAGUUUUUGCCAUGAAGACGAUCCUUAUCUUCGUGACAGUAAUAGUGGGAGCUUUUGCAGCCCCUCAAGUUAAUCCAAAUGAAAUCACGAUAAUAAAGCAGGAAGAACAAAACAACAUUGGAGUAGGUGGAUAUCACUUUAGUUAUGAACAGAGCGAUGGUCAAAAAAGGGAAGAAACUGCAGAAUUAAAAAAUGAGGGUACUGAUGAUGAAUCCCUCGAUGUUAUUGGUAGUUUCUCCUUUACAGCACCCGAUGGUCAUACUUACAGGGUUGAUUACACCGCUGACAAGGAUGGAUUUCAUCCCACCAUCAAUCUUGUUUCGAAAUAAAAAAAAUGUAAGAUCUGAAAUUAUGCGCUAACUUUAUAUAGGACUUUCUAACUAUCGAUAUACGCUAAUAUAAGUGUAUCGUAUAUGUUUAAAUCGUAUGGUACGCUAUUCACUUCACUUAAUAUGCAUGAUCAUUUUCUAUGAUAUUAUUCGUGCAAUUAAUUUCUUUUGUUCAUUUUUAUAUAUUCAAACAAUCAUGUUUAUUUCUAUGAACGUUAAAUUUGCAAUGUGAAAAUAAUAAUGUUAAUAAAUAAAAAGAAUGUACAAAAUAAAAUAAUCGAUCGAUAA